GCAUCAAACCAGGUUCCAUUUUAGAGUUCAAUACAUCUUUCAAAGUUUGAAGCUUUUGCUAAAAAUCAAACUAAACCAGUGAGUCUAUCUGAUGGAUCAAAGUGCACUCCCACCUCACGUACUCAUCUUCCCGUUACCCUUCCAGGGCCCUGUAAACUCCAUGUUUAAGAUAGCCGAGCUUCUCUGCCUUUCAGGCUUCCACAUCACCAUCCUUCUCACCGACUACAUCUACAAUCGUCUUCAACGUCACUCUACUUUUCAUUCCCGCUUUCAAAACUAUCCCUGGUUACAUGUCGAAACCAUCUCUGAUGGCCUGCAGGAAGAUCAUCCCCGUUCCGUUGCCAGAAUAAUGGAGGUGUUCGAUUCUUUAAAGUCCAUAACCAAGAAACUGUUCAAAGAGAUGCUAAUUUCCGGCGGCCUGAGUUCUGAAACCCGUCGGCCGUUGACAUGUAUCAUAGCAGAUGGUGCUUUGGGUUUUGUUUGUGAUGUUGCUGAUGAGAUUGGAAUUCCAGUUAUAUAUUCCCGUACGGUUAGUCCUUGCAGCCUCUGGGUCUUUUUCUGUCUGCCCAAACUCAUCGAAGCUGAUGAGCUUCUCUUUGAAGGGAAUGACUUGGACCCACUGAUAAAAAGUGUUCCGGGCAUGGAGGGUUUUCUCCGGCGACGUGAUCUUCCGAGCUGGUGCCGUUCCGGUGACCUAUCUGAUCCAAUUAUAUCAAUCCUCAAGAUGGAGGGCGAAGAAAACCCAAGAGCCCGUGGACUCAUUCUCAACACAUUUGAAGAACUAGAACGACCCAUACUCUCACAUAUACGUACUGUUUGUCCAAAUCUCUACACCAUCGGACCACAACAUGCACAUCUGAAGACCAAACUCGCAGCGGCAGCAACGCCAUAUUCACUGUCAUCAAACAGCUUGUGGGAAGAAGACAAGAGUUGCAUCACUUGGCUUGACGCACAACAAUCCAAAUCUGUGAUAUACGUAAGCUUUGGAAGUCUUACAAUGAUGACGAGAGACCAGCUCAUGGAGUUUUGGCACGGUCUGGUGAAUAGUGGGAAACGAUUCCUCUGGGUGAUUAGGCCGGAUUCAGUCGCAGGAAAAGAUUGGGAGAGUCAGAUUCCGAAGGAAAUCUCUGAGGGUACGAGAGAGAGAGGUUAUAUAGUAGGUUGGGCUCCUCAAGAAGAGGUGUUGGGGCACCCAGCAGUUGGUGGGUUCUUGACACACAGUGGAUGGAACUCUACGUUGGAGAGCAUAGCUGCCGGAGUUCCGAUGAUAUGUUGGCCGUACUUUGCUGAUCAGCAGGUGAACAGUAGGUAUGUGGGGGAGGUGUGGAAGCUAGGAUUGGACAUAAAGGACACCUGUGACAGAGCCAUAGUUGAGAAGGCGGUGAAAGAUCUGAUGGAGGUGAGGAAAGAGGAAUUUUUGGAAAAGGCGAAUCAGAUGGCCAAAUUGGCAAAAGAAAGUGUUAGUGAAGGUGGAUUAUCAUACAGUAAUUUGAACCGUCUGAUCGAGGAUAUAAGAUUGAUGAGUGGGACCACCCAUGAUUAAUUUCUUUAAUAAUAUUGUGUUUACCAAAAUUUGUAUCAAAUUUGGGAUAAUAAAGAAAUUUAGU